AUCGAAGCGUUGGCAGCUGUGAACACGAAAGCGGAGUUUGAAUACUGAUCUGGAACUUCUCGAGAAACAGGAUGCAGACCCACAGCCCGUCAGCCUGUCUGACUUAAAGUGUGAAACGUUAUGUCCCGUCCACCCGAGCUUGAGGAGGAGCAAGUCGAGCUUGAGGAGGAAGAGGCCGUAAGUGCUAUUGCGUCAUCUACUCCUACAUCUACCCUUACGUGGAUUAGCUGGUUUUGCUCCCUGCCUGGGCACGAGUACUUCUGUGAAGUCUCGGAAGAUUUUAUCGAGGAUGAUUUCAACCUGACCGGCUUAAAUGCCAUGGUGCCAUUCUGGAAGGAGGCAAUGGAGAUGGUGUUGGACGUGGAGCCUGACGAAGAUUCAUCAAAAAUACCCGACGUGUCAAUCGUCGAAGCAUCAGCUGAACUAUUGUAUGGUCUAGUGCAUCAGCGUUAUAUACUGACGCGCGCCGGAUUGCAAGCAAUGGUGGAUAAGUAUGAAAAUGCCCUUUUUGGCGUCUGUCCGCGCGUGUAUUGCAUGGGCUGCAAUGUUGUGCCCUCUGGUCGUUCUGAUCUGCCCGGCCUCGACACCGUUAAGCUCUUCUGUCCCAAUUGCAAUGACGUAUAUGCACCACCGAGCAGUCGUUUCCAGGGGGUCGAUGGGGCCUUCUUUGGAACGACAUUUGCGCACUUGUUCUUCCAGAGUUAUCGCGAACUCGCUCCGGCGCCGUUCUACAAACCUUCGUCAUCGCAGGGAUCAUCGAUGUCGCCUGGGCGCUCGCCACACAGUGGCUCGGGUAGCAGUUCCUCGCGGCCUUCGCCCUUUGUCAAUCCGAAUCCUCACGGGGGACAGAAACGCCCUGCAGGUCACCUUUAUCAACCUCGAAUAUAUGGCUUCAAAGUCAGUGAACGGGCGAAGACCGGGCCCCGCAUGCAAUGGUUGCGGGUGAGACCGGAGAGCCCAGAGGAAUUAGAUAUGGUUGACUGGAGAGGGCGGUGGAUAGACGACGAGGAGUAUGACGAGGAAGAGGACAUCGAUGAGGAUGAUCGUCUAAUGGAGGACUUUGAUGCGGAAACUGUUGAAGAUGAUGAAGAGGAGGAGGAGGAAGAGGAGGAGGAAGAAGAGGAAGAGGAAGGAGGCUCGCGGAGGCACCUAAACCGAGGUGAGCAAUACGCCGAUUCGCUCCGGCCGCCCACACCCAUCCACCUCCCCUCUUCCGCGCGGACGUCGCCGACAUCCAUUGCAGUGCCUCAUAUAGAAGACAACGCGGCUACCUCGGUGCGCGGGACAGGAAGGGUGAAAGUCGUGCGGCAAUACUAAGACUGGGUGUUGUGACAGAGAGCCGGCUCAUGACACUUGGCUGCACAGAUUAUCUAGGUUUCGAAUGUCUUAUUUGCGCAUCCAUGACUGCAAUCACAGCAUAGAUCACAUAAUAGUGUACAACACUGCAUACACAAGGUCUUUGACUUGACUAAUGUUUAAAGCAUGGUAUUAGUGAAAGGUUGUGG